ACAACUUCCUGAGUCGCUCAACCCGCGCGAGCUUUCGUCCUCGUCGUCUCUCUUCCGCCAUGGCUACAACUCGCGGAGGUCGUCUCUUCAAGCUUCGUCAUGGCCGAGAGCUUCAAUCGUCGUCGCAUAUCAAAGCUCAAAUCCACGAUUCACGCCAUCAUCGUCAAGAAUCCGCGGCUGUGCUCAGAAUCGCCGCCGUGGAAGCUCCGGAAUCUCCAUCGGGAGUCGUCGCAUCAGUCUCCUCCGAGCCGCGAUCAAGCUUCCUCCGUGGCGUCAGUGUCUCCAUCUCCGGCGCUUGCUCUGAGCCUCGUUCCAACCAUUGCGCCUCCGUUGAACCACAAAUCCUUCAUUGCCGUGCUUCGUCGUCACCGGAAUCGAGUCUCACUAUCGGGAUCGAGGUGGAGAAGACAACAAUGGUGAUUUUUGCCAUUUUUGCACAUCUGGUCCUUGGACCUUUGGAUAAUUACUUUUCAACCCCAAAACUAUCAAAAGUGCAGAAAGGUCCACCCGAAUCAACCCCAAAGUUUCUAAUCUUACGAUUUAGCCCAGAACAAUCUGAUUGGUUGUUCCCGAUCGAGCGGAGCAACCCGAGUGCGCAUGUUCCAGCGGCAUAG